GAACUGAGGAGCUGUGGAGGAGAACAUCUGCUCUGUGGAGGAGAACUGAGGAGCUGUGGAGGAGAACAUCUGCUCUGUGGAGGAGAACUGAGGAGCUGUGGAGGAGAACAUCGGAGCUGAGGAGGUCACGUCUUGCUGUCCCAGGAUGCAUUGCUCCAUCAGGCCGGGUCUGUGCCUGCUGGGCUUGGUUCUCAUCUCUCUGGUCCCUCAGCCGGCGCGAGGCCAAGUUUCAUCACCGCGAAGAUUCCGAGCCAAAGUCCUGAGUCCCACGAAGCUGCAGGUUCUGUGGAAGGAGCCGAAAGGAGAGUUUGAAAGCUACAAGGUGGUUUACACCACACGACCAGGUGGACAGAAGGAGGAAGUUCAGGUCUCGAAACAGGAAGCCAAGCUGCUCAUCGAGAACUUUGACCCGUCCAAAGAAUACGACUUUCAAAUCGUUGCAGUCAGUGGAGGACGCGAGAGUAAACCUCUCCAGGCCAAACAUGAAGCUCAGCGAUCAGGCAUCGAGGUGGUUCGGUCCCAGGGGAGACAAGACGCCGGGGUCACUGAGGACAACAACGAGAUCUUGGAAGCUGAAGAAGGAUUCACGUGUAAGACUCCAGCCAUCUCUGACAUCGUGAUCCUGGUGGACGGCUCCUGGAGCAUCGGCCGCAUCAACUUCAGGCUGGUCAGGAGCUUCCUGGAGAACCUGGUCCGGGCCUUCAGCGUGGACAUCGACAGGACCCGGAUCGGUCUGGCUCAGUACAGCGGAGACCCCCGGAUCGAGUGGCAUCUGAACGCUCACAGCACCAAAGAGGCCGUGAUGGACGCAGUGAAGAACCUGCCGUAUAAAGGAGGAAACACACUGACAGGUCUGGCUCUGACCUUCAUCCUGGAGAACAGCUUCAAACCAGAGUCUGGAUCCAGAUCCGGCGUUCCCAAGAUCGGGAUCCUGAUCACGGACGGGAAGUCGCAGGACGAUGUGAUUCCUCCGGCUCAGAGCCUGAGGGACGCAGGCAUCGAGCUGUUCGCCAUCGGUGUGAAGAACGCUGACGAGAACGAGCUGAAGGCCAUCGCCUCCCCCCCGGAGGACACGCACGUCUACGUGGUGGCGGACUUCGCGGUGAUGAGCGACAUCGUGGAGGGACUGACCAAGACGGUGUGCGACCGCAUGGAGCAGCUCGACAAACAGAUCCGAGGGGGGUCUCCCGUCCUGCCCCCCACCUCCAUAGCUCCGCCCCGUGACCUGGUGACCUCUGACAUCACAGCUCGUAGUUUCCGUGUGGCGUGGACUCACGCUCCGGGUCAGGUGGAGAAGUACCGUGUGGUCUACUACCCAGCCAGCGGAGCGCAGCCGGAGGAAAAGGUGGUUCAAGGCUCCGAGGACAGCGUGGAGCUGACCUACCUGAACUCCCUGACCGAGUACCAGGUGGCCGUGUUCGCCGUGUACCGCAGCUCGGCCAGCGAGGCCCUGAGAGGCAGCGCCACCACACUGGCGCUGCCGAUGGUGAACGAGCUGGAGUUGUUUGACAUCACUCACAGCACCAUGAGGGUUCGCUGGAAGGUCGCCGCCGGGGCUUCUGGGUACAUGAUCCUCUACGCCCCGCUGACGGAGGGAGACCCUGCGGACGAGAAAGAGGUGAAGGUGGCGGACUCGGUGAACGAGGUGGAGCUCGAGGGGUUGACCCCGGCCACCGAGUACACGGUGACCGUUUACGCCAUGUACGGAGAGGAGGCCAGCGACCCCAUGACCAGUCAACAGACCACACUUCCUCUGACUCCGGCGAGGAAUCUGCGAUUCUCAGACGUGGACCAUAGCUCCGCCCAGCUCACGUGGGACUCCGCCUCCAGGAAGGUAAAAGGUUACCGCGUCAUGUACGUGAAAACUGACGGGGUCCUGACCAAUGAGGUGGAGGUCGGCCGUGUCACCAGCUGGCUGCUGAGGAACCUGACGUCCCUGACGGAGUACACCGUCGGUGUGUUCGCCGUCUACGACGAGGGACAAGCUGAGGCCGUGACUGACAGCUUCACCACCAAGACAGUUCCAGACCCACUGGACAUGAAGAUCACUGACAUCUCUACUGACAGCUUCAGGGUGUCAUGGCAGCACCCGGCCUCUGAUGUGGUGCUGUACCGACUCAUCUGGACGCCAACUGACGGAGGAGACGGUCAGGAGGCUCUGGUGAAUGGGAACCUUAACACGUACCUGAUCCGACGCCUCAGCCCGGACUCGGAGUACGAGGUGCUGCUAGCGGCCGUCUACGCAAACGAGGUCGAGAGUGACGAGGUCAUCCUGGUCGAGUCCACCGUUGAAAGAACCACCACCAUCGCCACCACCACCACCACCACAGCAGCUCCUCGGUUCGGGGUGAGGAACAUGAGGAUCGAUGAAGAAACCACCUACAGCCUGAGGGUGUCAUGGCAGCCGCUCGACUCCAGGAACCUCCGACAUUAUCGACUCAGCUACAUCAGCGCCAAGGGCGACCGGGCGGAGGAGACGAGGACGGUGCCCGGCGGACAGAGCAGCCUGGUGCUGCAGCCCCUGCUCUCAGACACCGAGUACAAAGUGGCCGUCACGCCCGUCUACCCGGACGGAGACGGACCGGCAGCGGCUCGAAUGGGACGAACACUUCCUCUGUCAGCCCCGAGGAACCUGCGCGUGUCAGAGGAGUGGUACAACCGCUUCAGGAUCAGCUGGGACGUCCCACCUUCCCCCACCAUGGGCUACAGAGUCGUGUACCAGCCGUUAUCUGCCCCCGGGCCGGCUCUGGAGACGUUCGUGGGCGAGGACGUGAACACGAUGCUGAUCGUCAACCUGCUGAGUGGGACGGAGUACAGCGUCAAGGUCAUCGCCUCGUACACCACAGGGUCCAGUGACGCCCUGUCGGGGAAGGCCAAGACCCUGGACCUGAGGGUGACCAGCCUGAGUGCGUACCAGGUGAGGAUGACGGGGGUGUGCGCCCAGUGGCAGCCGCACCGACACGCCAGCGCCUACCGGGUGGGGAUCGAGUCCCUCCUCAACGGACAGAAGCAGGAGACCAAGCUGAGCGGGGGGGCCAGUCGACACUGUUUCAACAACCUGAAGCCCAACACGCAGUACAAGAUCAGUGUGUACGCUCAGCUGCAGGACGGCAGCGAGGGACCGGCAGUCACCGCUGUGGAGAAGACACUACCUGUCCCGACUCCGGCGCCAACCAGGCCCCCCACCACCACCGCCCUACCCACAAUCCCCCCGGCUAAAGAAGUCUGCAAAGCAGCCAAAGCCGACCUGGUCUUCCUGGUGGACGGCUCGUGGAGCAUCGGGGACGAGAGCUUCCUGAAGAUCAUCCGCUUCCUGUCCAGCACGACCGGAGCUCUGGACGUGAUCGGGCCGGACGGAACUCAGGUGGCCAUGGUCCAGUUCAGUGAUGACGCUCGCACUGAGUUCAAGCUCAACUCGUACGGAGACAAGGAGCGGCUGCUGGACGCCAUCAACAGGAUCUCCUACAAGGGAGGAAACACGAAGACGGGUCGAGCCAUCCAACACGUGAAGGACAAGAUCUUCACGGUGGAGGGCGGAGUCAGGAGGGGAAUCCCCAACGUCCUCGUGGUCCUCACAGACGGACGCUCCCAGGACGAUGUCAACAAGGUGUCCAAGGAGAUGCAGAUGGAAGGUUACAUCGUGUUUGCGAUCGGCUUCUCUGACGCAGACUACGGCGAGCUGGUGAGCAUCGCCAGCUCGCCCAGCGACCGACACGUGUUCUUCGUGGACGACCUGGACGCCUUCAAGAAGAUCGAGGAGAAGCUGGUGACCUUCGUGUGCGAGGCCGCCACCGCCACUUGUCCUUCGGUACCAAUGAGUGGCAGCACAACACCAGGCUUCCGGAUGAUGGAGCUGUUCGGCCUGGUGGAGAACCGGUACAGCAGCGUCUCCGGUGUCUCUCUGGUUCCCGGGACCUUCAACACGUUCCCGUGUUUCCAUCUUCACGCCGACGCCCUGCUGGCGCAGCCGACCAGGUUCCUCCACCCUGAGGGCCUCCCCUCCGACUACACCAUCAGCCUGCUGUUCAGACUCCUGCCCCGCACCCCCGAGGAGCCCUUCGCCCUGUGGGAGAUCCUGAACAAGAACAACGAGCCGCUGGUGGGAGUCAUCCUGGACAACGGAGGAAAGACGCUGACGUUCUUCAACCACGACUACAGAGGAGCGUUUCAGACGGUGACGUUCGAGGGGACGGAGAUCCAGAAGCUCUUCUACGGGAGCUUCCAUAAGCUUCACAUCGCCAUCAGCAAGACCAGCGCCCGAGUGGUGAUCGACUGCAAGAUGGUGGAGGAGAAGUCCAUCAGCGCCGCGGGGAACAUCACCACCGACGGGCUGGAGGUUCUGGGCCGGAUGGUUCGUUCCAGAGGGAACAAGGACAACUCUGCACCGUUCCAGCUGCAGAGCUUCGACAUCGUGUGCAGCACGUCCUGGGCCAACAGGGACAAGUGCUGCGAGCUCCCCGGUCUGAGGAAAGAGGUCGACUGUCCGGCUCUACCCAAAUCCUGCACCUGCACCCAGGACAGCAAAGGACCCCCCGGCCCCACUGGACCCCCAGGAGGCCCUGGAAUCAGAGGAGCCCGAGGUGAUCGUGGAGAGCCAGGCCCGGUGGGGCUGACUGGUCCAGUAGGCGAUGCUGGUGUCCCAGGACCUCAGGGGCCCCCGGGACCACAAGGACACAGCGGACGCUCCAUCAUCGGACAACCAGGGGCGCCAGGAGAGAGAGGGCAGAAAGGUGAGGCUGGACAACAGGGCAUACAGGGAGUGGCUGGUCGAGCUGGAGCUACAGGCAGAGAAGGACCACCAGGACCCAGAGGCCUCACAGGGAAAGACGGCCUGCAGGGCAGAGCGGGGCCCCCGGGCACCAUCGGGACGCCAGGGGCCCCGGGGGCCCCGGGAAGCACCGGCGCUGCAGGAAAACAGGGCGAGCUGGGACCUCCGGGUUCUACCGGAGGCAAGGGAGAGAAAGGUGAACGGGGCGACCUGCAGUCCUCGGCGUCGGUUCAGGCCAUCGCCCGGCAGGUGUGUGAGCAGCUGAUCCAGAGCCACAUGGCGCGGUACAACUCCAUCCUGAACCACGUGCCCAGUCCGCCGGUGUCCAUCCGCACCGUGCCAGGGCCCCCUGGGGAGCCCGGCCGCCAGGGAACCCCGGGGACCCAGGGAGAGCAGGGGCCGUCAGGCAGACCCGGAUUCCCAGGACAGAACGGGCAGAACGGGCAGCCUGGAGAGAGAGGUCAACCAGGAGAGAAGGGGGAGAAGGGAUCUUUAGGAGUCGGAGUCCAAGGCCCCCGAGGACCCGCAGGACCCCCUGGUCCUCAGGGUCAGGGCAGACAAGGGAACCAGGGUCCGUCAGGGCGGCCGGGGAACCCUGGGGCCUCCGGUCGGCCUGGGGUCCCUGGUCCUGUCGGCCCUUCGGGGCCCCCGGGGUACUGUGACCCCAACUCCUGUGUGGGCUACAACGUAGGAGACGGUGAGGAUGACCCUCACGGCGGCGCUGUCCCCGCAGUGCAACUGCCGUCCAAUGUCUUCCAGAACUACGGCGAGGCCGAUGAGGACGACCCGUACCGCUACUACCAGCCCAACUACCCGCCCCCCCGACCCGUGCAGCCUGAAGACCCCGCCUUCGCCGAGGACGCCAUCGAGCUGACGUCGCCCGGCGUCCGGCGCAGCGCACGGAGCCUGGAGGGGGAGGAGCUGAGGGCGGGGCCCAAGAGGAGGCUCAAGAGGGGAGGGACUAACUAACUGAGCGGAGGUGAUUGGAGGACAGAGGGCCACUAGCUGUUUCUGAUUGGACGGUUUGGAGCCCUCAUGGACUAAUCAACAAGUGCCUGACGUGGAGGGUUUGAUACGGACAUCGGGGGGGGGGGGGGGGGGGUUGACGUGUCUCCAUGGAACGAGCAGCGACUGAUUCUGUCUUCACUUCCAAAACGUCUCGAGCAUCAGCUGAUUAUUGACCUGGCGUUCGGAAUCUUCAGUGAGGAUUGUGUCGUGUUGUGUUAAUUCAGUGCAACACAACAACGAACCGACACACGACAUGUUUGUGUGACAGCAGACAUGACGUCAGGUGUAGCUACACACUCGAUUAAACACAAAAUAAAUUAUACUAUUAAUAAUAUACUGAUAAUACAAUUUUCUGACUUUAUCGACACACACACAUUGUCACACACUUUUCUGUAUCUCAGUUGUGCUAACAGCUCACGUUGUUCACUUUGAAAUAAAAAGUUUAGACACAAAGUCAUGUAUCGGCAAUAUUUAUAAUGAAAUAUAAGUUAAUCUUUUCAUAACAAACCCAGUUUUCAUCAGUAAAACACAAUCUGCUGUUUGAUUUGAACUCUAAUUAAAGAUGGACGACCUCACAGCUCCCAGAAGGUGAAGUCAGAUUUUAAAGCUUCUCCUCCACGUUGGUAGAUGGGACAUAAAUAAAGAUGGUUUCUGUCAUUUCAGGUCGUUCUGAUCUCACUGAUGUUUGUUCAAGAUAUAAAAAUAGACUGAGACGUCAUGAUUGACAGCUGAGACUAACUCAGGAUUGGUCGAGCAAGUGUGUGUGUGUGUGUGGGGGGGGGGUCACUGCUGCACUGCAGUCAGAAGCACUCGAUGGCCGUGCUCAGAUACUUUGGCUUCAUUUUUAUCGGAGGAGGUGGAAACGUGUCGUCCAACUUUAUUUAAAGUCCAUGUUUGUGACAAAGCCCAAAAUAUCAAAGAUCUUUUAUAAAAACUAAGACUGAAAAUCGGAGUUUCUUUUACGUCUGUUUUUAGAUUCCAACGUUUGCAGCUCGUUAGAAAACAGUAAAAAGUGUUAUGUCAGUUAUUUUGCAUGGUUUGGUUCUUUCCCUUUUUCCUGUGAUGUAUGUUUCUUUAGUUCCCUGGAGCCACACACACAUUUUACUGUUUGGUAUAAAACCACUUCAUGUCCCACGUGUGCAGUUGUUGUCGCAGUGUGAAGCUGGUGUCGCUCUGUUCCUGAGAAGAACGGAGUUGUAAAGACAAACGCUAACAGCUCAACAUAUGAGAGUUAUUAUCAUAUUUCUUUGUAAAAGUGUUUCUGUCGUUUCUGGAUGUUGAACCAGCCGAGGCUCAUUUCAGUGUGACAGCUGUUUCCCUGUUUGUCUGGAUUCUGUUUUCCUAUCUUUGGAUUUUGUUCAUCAUGAAGCUUUGAUUUCAUUUGAGCCUCCAUCUGUCCGGCUCUCGGUUAAUAUUUCACAUUUUAUGCAGAAAGCAGAGCCGUAGACAUUGUGCUCUAUUGGAAGCUGAACGUCUUCAGUUGCAUCUAUUCCUUUGAUUUGAUGCAUUUGUUUCACUGCUGGAGACCAGUCGUCUGAGCAGCUCCAGUUAUUGGAAGAAGCUGCGCCUCAUUUAUUUACUUCUUGAAAUGUGUUUUUCUUUUGCUCAUUGUGUGUUGACGUGGUCGUGUCGCUGAGGCCUCCGGUCCGAGAGGAGCUGACACAUGUCCUCCUCGGACCAGCUUCUGGAACAAUACAAAAUCAACGAGGGAAUUCAUUUUUUACUUGGAAUUGAUUUUCUCAGAACAAUAAAACUGAAGUACAACCCUGA